AUGGCCGUGGCUAAAGAAUCCACGUGGACGGAGGUUGAUGAGCACAUAGAAACUAUGUGCGAAAUUCACCACCGCCUUAGCAAGUUGGGUACUAACCUGAAAAAAACAGGCAGAGCGAAUUACUCGGUGAGGCUUCUCGAGGAAAAGCUCGAAUAUGCCAAAACUUUAUGGAAGGAGAUAAACGAUCGGUACUCAGAGGCCCGCAAGCUUCUAAAACCGGCGCAAAGGCAGAGUCAUGAUUUCUUUAAACAGAAUGUUAUCUUGACCGCCGAGAACGAUUUCCAAGAUUUCGUGGAUUUCGUAAGCACGGAAAUUGACCGACUUACCGCUGACAAAGCCGCAGCGGUGUCGGUCGAGCAUUGCAACGUACCGAUCGAGCUCCCCAAGCAGCGAAUACCCAAAUUCGGUGGUGAUCCUCGUGAAUGGGAACAUUUCGAGGAUCUGUUUACCACCGGGGUAAUUAAUAAUGCUGCACUGGGAGAUAUCCAACGGUUGUAUUUUUUAAACGCCUGCCUUGAGGGGCCGGCUGCUGCAACCGUUGCUUCCCUUCCAGUAGUGGGUCGCAACUUCACGGAAGCGUGGGCGAGGCUGAAGAACGAAUUCGGCCUACCACGCUUAGUCACUGGAAAGCUGUUGGACAAGCUUUUAUAUCUGAAGCCUAUUGAUAUGAAUGACUUGACCAGCAUGCAACAAGUGACCGUGGGUUGCACCCAAGCCAUUGCUGUUCUGGAUACCAAGGGUACACCGGAACAGCAACGAGAUUGGCUCCUCGCUCAUUGGGUGAAGCAACAUUUCACCCCCGAAAUGGAGCUGGAAUGGCAAAAAACGCUAGACCUCUCGUCCGAAUAUCCUACGUUCGAGGACGUAAGGAAGUUCGUUGACAAACGGUCACGUGCCUUGCUCUCAAUGAACGAGGAGCGCAGAAAAGCCGCGCUGGGGCUUCCAACAAAAACCACGCACAAUCGAAGCUCGGUGCGCGAUAACGGCACCGCUUCGAGAAACGUGAGAAGCCACAACGUUGUCAUGGAACACGUCCAGGCUGAAAAGCCAAGGGAAACGGAUUCAGACAACGUUAGGCAUGUUGGAAAACCGGCCACGAAACCGUGCGGGUUCUGUAACGGGCCGCACGGUUUGACGAACUGCAACCAUUUCGGGCUAUUGACUGCAAAAAUGCGCAGUCAAUAUGUUAGACACCGUCGGUGGUGCUUACAAUGCUUGGGCACCACCCACACGGUGACGAAAUGCAGGAGUUCCACGGCAUGUACGAAGUGCGGCGGGAUGCAUCAUCCCCUGCUGCACUUCGACCAAGAACGGGAACCUCAGCGGAAUCAGCCGAUACCAAAACCUGAGUUCGGCAACCGUGAGGAGAGGCUUUCAAACGCCCCAUCCCGCCGGCCUACGAAACCGAGGCCGAAGGCCAAUCACUCGGCGAGUGCUAAAACGACACCCGCCUCGACAUCGCAUUGUACCGCUCUCGGUACAGGCGCACCGAGGCCAGUGCUUUUAGCGACAGCUCGAGUACGAGUAUUCGGCAAGAAUGGUGCGUCGCGAAUCGCGCGCGCGCUACUUGAUCAGGGAUCGGAAACUUCCUUCAUAGCCGCGAACUUGGUCAAUGACCUUAAGCUCGCGCGGAGGAAAACCCCAGCCACGGUGACGGGCUUGGGGGGUGACCGAACCCAAUCGAUCAAAUACAGUGUCGGACUGAGUUUAGGCGAAAGAGACGGUAGGAAACCGAUGUGUGAGGUAGAUGCGUAUGUCGUGUCUCAAAUCACGACGUACGCGACUCCAUCGGUAGGAACGCUCGGUAACAAAGCGUUCCAUGACCUACCGCUCGCCGACCCCGACCCCACGUCUGAUCAAACCAUUGAAGUUUUGAUCGGCGCGGACCUGUAUGCGCAGAUUAUGCGAUCCGGUUUCCGUCGCGGAACCGACGCAGGUCCCAUCGCCCAAGAAACUGCAUUCGGCUGGGUAAUAUCCGGGCCGAUAGAAGCAGGGGGCGGCGCUCAGAACACGGUGCGGACACUGCACUGCACCGUACUCGAAACGCUGGAUCAAGCGGUUCGAAAGUUCUGGGAAAUGGAAGAAAUUCCCGCAACCUCCAUGCGCACUAAAGCAGAGGAGGAAUGCGAAGAAUUCUUCCAAAAAACCGUUACCCGUAACGAAACAGGUCGGUUUGUAGUCCGACUACCCCUCAAUUACCCGAGACCGGAGGAGGCGUUGGGAAAUUCAUUCCACAUCGCGCUCUCUGCUCUCACAAGGCUGAGGAGGAAACUGGACACGAACCCGACCCUCGGUAAAGAAUACGCAGAGUUUCUAGCGGAGUAUGAGUCGUUAGGUCAUAUGACGCGCAUAAAGCCCAUUGACCAAACUAGACUCUAUAUUCCGCACCGAGCGGUCAUUCGUACGGACAGCGCGACCACCAAACUGCGGGUCGUAUUCAAUGCGACCAGCAGAACGGCAGGUGGACGCUCCCUAAACGACAUCCUUCACGUAGGUCCAAAAUUACAAAACGACAUUACCUCGGUAUUAACGAGAUGGCGUUUGUACGAAUACGUGCUGGUGGCCGAUAUCGAGAAGAUGUUUCGACAGAUUCUCGUCGCCCCAGAGGAUCGUCGUUUCCAAUGCAUUGUAUGGAGUGCACCCGAAAACGAACAGCUGACAGCGUUCGAAUUAAAUACCGUCACAUACGGAACGGCGUGCGCCCCAUACCUGUCGAUGCGUACCCUUCUCGAGUUAAAGGAGCAGGACGGAAAGAAAUUUCCGCUUGCCGCUCCGAUCCUCGAGAAGGACAUUUACGUCGACGAUGUAUUCAUGGGAGCACCAGAUAAAUCCUUGCUGGAGAAAAUCCGUACGCAAGUAUGCGAGCUCCUGCAAGGAGGUGGGUUUCAGCUGAGAAAGUGGGCCGGAAAUUCGCCACAAUUAUUGCGAAAUAUCCCCCACAGCUCUCACUCCCACGCAGUAGACCUCACUUUGUUCGAUGACUCCGAACUAAAGGUGCUCGGUUUACGAUGGAUACCGUCUGGAGAUUAUUUCUAUUUCAAUCUCCAACGGUUCCAACCGUCGGCAACACCGAUGACAAAAAGAAAUUUGUUUUCGGAGAUUGCCAAGCUCUUCGAUCCGCUCGGCUGGCUAUCGCCGGUUGUAAUUCGCGCAAAGAUUUUGAUGCAGUCUCAGUGGCUGGAGAAAAUCCAGUGGGACGAUCAAAUCUCCGCGAAUACGCAAAAAACGUGGAACGCGUUUUGUACGGAUUGGAGCAGCUUAAAGGAAUUAAAAAUUCCCAGAUGGAUACGUACGGAGCUGAUACGGUGUCAAUAG